AUGGUGCAGGAAACGUCACAACCCCUCAUCAAGGAGGAACCCACCUCGCCUACCCUAGCACCCGAGCUACUCACCCCACCUUCCUCAGCCAUCAAUAUCAAGUCAGAGCCUUUGUCAUUGAAGAGCGAGGUAGAAGCUUCACCUUCGGUAGCGAAGGCAUCGAAACGCAAACGCCCAGCUACACCCGAUGAUAGUGACGAUGAGCCGAUCAGCCCCGUGCCAUCGAGCAAAAAAGCAAGGGCUGCCGUUACACCAGUCAAGAUAGCACCCAAACCGCCCACAACCCCCGUGUCAUCGAAGAAGGAGGUCGAGCCUCCCAGUAUACCAAUCAAAACAGAACCCAAAACGCCCAUUCCGACCCCCGCAGAACUAGAAGCCGCCGCGAAAAGAGCUCGAGAACAAGCUGAACAUAACGCGGGGUUAAGAGCAGCAUUACUGGAACCACUGGAUACUCCUACCCAGUGGAAGCGGAACUGGAAAAACUAUAUCUUUCGCAACAAACGAAAGAAUCCCGAAACGUUAAAUGCAUCUGCGACAACAUGUAUCAAUGUAUCCAAAUCCGAGAAGUACUUCUGCUUGAACAAGAACGACCUUGAAUGUCUUGCAUUCGAGUCGAGGCCUAACCCCAAAGACCCCAGGCUCCCGCGAAUGCGUUUAUACGACUACAACGAAGUGGUGCGUCUGGCUUGCAGGAAACUCGCUAUUCAAGCUGGUAUUUCCCAGCGCGAUGAGACGGCGUUGAUCGCGCGUGGGAAGGCGAUGUUGGAGAAGAAGAAAGGGUUCAAGUACUAUUGGGAGUUCGAUCCUUCCAUAGUGUGGAUGUGGGAUUAG